UUUGAUGAUGACCAACCUGAUCUCAACAACAUAUUGACAGUACUAAACCAAAUCCAGUUAGACAACCAAGCACUUUACCAAGAAAAUACAGAUCUUAGAAAUACUCUUGAACAACUUCAUGUCCAAGAUGGUGCUAAUUAUCAUAAAGAACCUAAGGUUAGCCUUCUGGAUAAGUUCAAUGGGUCAAGAGCUAACUUUAGAGGCUUCUUGAAUCAAGUUUGCCUGGUCAUAUGCAUGCAACCUAAUCGUUAUUCCAAUGACCAAUCUCAAGUGGGACUACUUAGAAGCUUAUUUACUAGCCUAGUUUUGGCUUGGUUUGCCCUAUUAUUGAAAAAGCAAUCACUAUUACUCAAGGACUUUACAGAGUUGGUCAAAGAGUUUGAAGCAACUUUUGGUGACUCAGUCAAAUCCAGAACAGCAGCAAAUAAAAUUCAGAAACUUACCCAAGGCCCAAAACUAGCAUUAAGUUAUGCUUCUAAAUUCCAGCAAAUUGCUAGUGAUUUAGAUUAA